AUGAGCCCAAACACCCUUCCACCCGGAAUCAUCAUCCUUGCCGCCGACAUCUCCCCAAUGGACGUCAUCAGCCACAUCCCCGUACUUUGCGAGGACCACAAUAUCCCUUACAUCUACGUUCCAUCACGCGCAGAACUGGGCGCAGCAGGAAGCACCAAGAGACCAACGAGUGUAGUCAUGUUGACACCGAAUGUUGGCGGAAAGAAGGACGAGAAGAAGGAGGGCAGCGAGGAGUGGUUGGAGACGUACAAGGAUCUGCACAAGCUUGCUCUCAAGCUGGGGCAGACCGUGAAGGUUUGA